CUUACUAGAUGAGCUAACGGGGUCAAUCAAUCGUCAUUUUGUAGAGCGUUUUUUACUGCAUCUUUUCUUCAUAGAGACAAAUUUAUAACCACUUGUUUCACUAUAGAAAAAUUUAUUAUUCAAAUCGAGUCAGGACUUCUGGCCCACCCUUUAUGGGUCUAUUUUUGAAAAGCUGAUUUAUUAUGAAGCAUCAAAAAUUCUUUAUCUUUCUAUUUUCAAGAACUUUGAAAUUGUACGAAGACUUUGAAGAAGAAAGUGAAUGAACUUUUGUUAAAAUGGUAACAAAAAAUGAUAAGAGAGUUUUUUUCAAGGAGACUACGAGCGCUUUUUGAAAGCCCGUAGUGUUAGGAAAUGCAAAAGGAAAUAUUUCUACUCACUUUUGCUCUAAAUCAUAUCGGACCGUUUUCUUUCAGAAACUGUUUCUAGAAUAUUUGUUUAUGAGUAAAGAUAUCCUUUUGAUAUCAACAUGCGCACUCUUGUUUUUUCAUAUUAUCUCAGAUCUUUCCGAUCGACAAGAAAAAAAAUAUAUGUAUUGCACUGACAUUUAUAAUACGAUAUUUAAUAUAAGAUGUACUUCACUUUUAUCAUUUUAAGAGUAUGUCAAACGUUUCAUACAAUUGUUUCAUGCGCAUAUAUUAUUCAUAGAGGGUGCAGUGAGAGUCGUAAAAAUAUAUUGUUGACAUAAAUUCGAUUCUAGUUGAUACAGCCAAUUUGAGUGAACAAAUAUUUAUUUAUAGUUUUACAAUAUUAGCUGUAUAAGAAGAUGAAGAACAUAAAAGACUUUUUCUCCUAAAAAACUUUGUUUUAACAUUUAACGCAGUAUCUAUACACAUAAACAUAAAUAUGCUUUGUUUUAUUGUAUAUUCGUUUUAAGGCGAGGAUAUCCUCCCGCUAAACACAUUCUCAAACUUGGCUGGUUUGUAGAAGACGCCUUCAAUGGUAUACCUAUAAAAUAAAACAAAAUUUGGUCAAUUAUCGACAGUAUUAUUAAUUAAUUAAGUUUAAAUUUUAAUUGUUUGUCUCCCUUUUGUAAAGAUUGCAGUUCGAUAAAAAAUAAUUAUAGAAGGUCCUGCGUAAAUUUGAGAGCCAAUGAUCUAUGGUUAUAGUUUCAUUAAAAACAUUUCAAAAUUCCUUUUUUAAGGUAUCGGAUUAUAAUUAAUGAGUGCUAAUUGAUGCUAAUUAUUGUCACUCCGGUGCCUUACACUUUUAUUUCUAAGUUUCCGAUUUCUUUGUGUUUAUGAAGAAAUAUAUCGAUUGAUAGAAAUUUUUAAGCGCUAUAAAAAUUCCAUAUUUGUUUUUUCCAAAAAUUUACUAAUUAGCAGUUAUUUUAACCCACUUUUAGAUAUAUUGGAUCUCUAAGCGGUUUUUUACCGUGUGCCCACAAAGUCAUGUUUUAAAUAACUUUUGACGGACAAUAGUUAGAGAGUUGCGGUUUUUGUUAUUCGAUAGCCAAGACAUCGCUAGAUCUUUGUGUAACAAAUGAGCAUUUCAAAACUUGUUGAAAAUUCGAUUUUCUAAAGAAUCUCUAGUAAAUUAAGACAUAACCCUGAAACUCGCAGUCUAACUAAAUUAAUUUUUUUGCAUGAGUAGAUAGCCCAGAGUGUUUCCUAUUGAACGGGUGCCAGACUAAAUCCUGGGUUUCUAUGGUUCAUGAGUGGUACAGGAUUUCUUUUAGAAACCAGAUUAACUAUUUUAGUUCGAGCCCCAGCACUGGUACUCGGUCACAUCCAAUGAUAUUGAAACGGCAUGAAACAUACAUAUUCAACCAUGCGGAAUCUGGAGGCAAUGCUCGCUUUCCGAAAAGAAUCUCAAAACAUGGAUUUAUACUACGAGUUUCAGAGUUCGAUGUCGGUUUUCACGAGAUUCCUUACAAAACCGGACAUACAUCCAACAUACCUAAAAGUCGGUUAAAAUAACUAAUAAUUAGUAAAUUUUGGAGAAAGCAAGUAUGGAGUUUUGUAGCGCUUGAAAAUUUCUAUCAAUUGAUAUAUUUCUUCACAAUCACAACUUACGACUCAUAAGUUAGAAAUAAAAGUGUAAGGCUCCGAAGUGACGCUAAUUAGAAUUAAUUAGCACUUAUUAAUUAUAAUCUCAUACAUUAAAAAAUAAAAGGGACCCCCGCUUCCUUAAAGACUGUUGAUCUGACCGCAGAUCUGACUCAUUGACAAAUAAUCAACAACAAAAAAUUUCAUCUUGUUAAACAAGGUAUACGUUGCCGUUUAUUAGUUAAUAUCAGUUCAGAUUAAUUUUCGUUUCAGACUUGUGCAAAUACCCAUAUUCACAUGAUAUUGACAAGAAACAAAUGACUGUUUGUAUAGGUUUUCGAAAAUUGAAAACGAUUUUAAGAAAAAAAUAUGGCAAACGUUUAUGCAUCAUUGGUAUUGUUAGUCUGGUACUAAUUAUUCUAUACAAUAGUUGUUCAACGAUAGUCAAUUGCGAUGUGUCAUUAACUAAUUGUAGUUGGAAAGAGCAUUUUAGAAAUGAGAACGGAAAAGUCAUCAGGUAUGUGUAUGCUUUACACAUUAGAGAAUUAGAUAGUUUUCCUGCGCUGCACCGAAUUUGAUGAAAUCAAGUUGGUAUAUGCAGAAUUUUACGGCGAAUCCGAUAGCAGGUUUCUUUUACUUUCAUUUUGUCUUCUUCUUAUUUUGGCUCUCUCAUUGGGCCUUUUUUUUGUCAACCAAUAGAAGAGCCAAAAUUUAGGCAAACAUCAUGUAGAUUGUGUCGACGUCAAAGAAGAAGGUAAAAUGAAAUUAAAAGAAUUUGUCGAAGUUGUCGUAAAAUUUUGGAUAUUUAGUUUCAUAAAAAUUUUAUGCAACGCGACAAAAGUACCUAAUUUUCGAAUGCUCAACUAUUUGUUCUCAUAUUCAGUUGACUAAAUUAUCUUGCAUUAAAGAAUGAAACUGCAUAUUUUAUUUUAUAAUGAAUAGAUUUUAGAUACUCUAAAUAUGACUAAAUGUUUAUCCAAUAAUUUUAUGUACACUUUUUAGUCUAGAAGAUAUAUUCUCUAUACCACAAUCUCAACCUUUAUUCAACUACAACAAUUUAACAAUUCAUUUUUGUAAAAAUGAUACAUCGAUUGAUCUACUUAUAUUUGUUAUAUCAAAAUCGGCUAAUUUCAAAAUGAGAAAUAGUAUUCGUCGAACAUGGGGUAAUGUUAAUAUAUUACAAAAAUAUUCUACGCUUAACAUUAAACUAUUGUUUCUUGUUGAUAUUGACGAGACAAGAUUAUUCAACGUAAAAUUAGAAAAUCAAUUGUUUAACGAUAUUGUUCAAGUACAUUUACCAGAAUAUUAUGAACUUGGAACCUAUAGGGAUGCAGCCAUAUUUGAUUAUUCAGCUCGUUAUUGUUCACAAGCCAAAUAUAUAUUUAAAACGGAUGAUGAUGUUUUUAUUAACUCUUUACUAUUGGUAAAAUUUGUUUCUCAAUUAAAUUUGACAACAAGAAAGUUAACAGUGUUCAAAUGUUCAAAUGAUCUAUUCAACAAUGAGUCACUUAUUAUGUAUGGUCAUCCAAUUAGAAACUCAGUUGUUGUUCGUCAUACUAGUCAUUCUAUUUAUAAACGAUAUAUUGUCACACCAAAUGAGUAUGAAUGUUAUCAAUAUCCAACAUUUCUUAGUGGUUUUGGCUAUCUACUAUCAGCAAAUAUUCGUACACUUUUGAUAUGUACUUAUUAUCGUGAUCCAAAACCAUUUCAUUUGUCUGAUGUUUAUUUCACGGCAAUAUUAGCCGAAUAUUUGAAUAUUAACAGAGAACAAAUGGCCAAUUUUAACUAUAGAAUUGAUGAAGGAUGUAAACGAUUUUUGAGUAAACAGAAUUCAUUGGCAUGUGGUACGGGAGCACAUUUUAAUAGCGAUAAUAAUGAGUUAAUAAACGAUUACAAUCUGUAUUGGAUAAAAAUACUUCAAAAUAAUCAAUUAUUUUAG